AUGUGGCAAACCACGCCUAUUGUUACACAUGUUGCUGAUUAUCUGAAUACUACAAAAGAAUCCCUUCUGAUGAAGAUGGCGUGGGAGAUGAUGAACCCUGAGUACAAAAAGGGAAUGCAUAGGAAACCUACAGCAGUGAAAAAGAAAGAUCCUAUUAGUAAGACUGCUGCUCCUCCUAGUAAGAAAACUUCUGCAACCACAAGCCUAAGCAAUGCAGAAAGCGAAAAGAAAAAGAGACUUAGUGCAUAUAUCAAUUUGGAUGUCUUGGAUAAGCUAUUUGAUGAUGAGAACUCUCCAAAGAUGACUAAGUUGGAGAAUCAGUUGUUGUUGGUGACCAAGUGA